CUCUCUUCAACAGAUUACUUACAAUACCAUUUCUCAAGAAUGAAAGGAGAAGUUAUGUGGCCAAGAUUGGUAGCUAGUAAGGUCCUAAAGAGAUUGGGGAGCACAAAUUUUGUUGCAGAUUUUCCAAGUGAUAAUUCAGAAUAUUUAUUGGAAAUUCCCCAUCAUUUUGAUAAAAGAUCCCUAAGUUCUGAUGACAUUAUUUUCAACCAUAAUCUCCAAGAAACUCAAGACUACAGGGUUUUCGUUAAUACAUGGAACGUUGGAGGAGUUGUACCAACCGAUGACUUCAACGUAGAUGAUCUGCUCAACACGUGUCACACCUCAUCAUGUGACAUCUAUGUUUUCGGGUUUCAAGAAGUUGUACCACUAAGAGCAACAAAUGUUCUUGGAUCAGAAAGUGGAAGGAUUUCAGCAAAGUGGAAUUCAUUAAUAAGACAAGCUUUGAACAAGAAAGGAAAGGAAAAUAAUAUUGGAAAUAAUAGGAAAUUAUUUCCACAAGAAUUCAGUUGUAUUAUUAGUAAACAAAUGGUGGGAAUAUUGAUUUCAGUUUGGAUUAGAAAUGAUUUAUGCUCAUUUAUUAAAAACCCUAGUGUUUCUUGUGUUGGAUGUGGUAUCAUGGGUUGCUUAGGGAACAAGGGUGCAGUAUCAGUUAGAUUUCAAUUACAUCAAACAAGUUUAUGCUUUGUGUGUUGCCAUUUAGCUUCUGGUGGUAGAGAAGGAGAUGAGAAAAAUAGAAAUUCAAAUGUUGGUGAAAUAUUUUCAAGAACAACUUUUCCAAAAGGCCAUUCUUCACUUCAAUUGCCAAGAAAGAUUCUUGAUCAUGACCGUGUGAUAUUUCUUGGAGAUUUGAAUUACAGGAUUUCUUUACAAGAAUCAACUACAAGAUUGUUAGUGGAAAAAGGAGAAUGGAAUGCACUCUUGGAAAAUGACCAGUUGAGGAUGGAGCUCAUGGAUGGACAAGUGUUUGAAGGUUGGCAAGAAGGAAUAAUCAAUUUUGCCCCUACAUACAAAUAUUAUCCAAAUUCAAGUGAUUAUUAUGGUAGAUCAGAGGUGAAAAAAGGGGAAAAGAAACGCUCUCCUGCAUGGUGUGAUAGGAUAAUUUGGUAUGGAGAAGGGUUAAAACAACAAUUAUAUGAUAGAGGUGAAUCAAAAUUAUCAGAUCAUAAACCAGUGAAGGCAAUUUUCAGCACACAAGUAAGAGUUUCAAGAAAGUUGAGAUUGCAAAGUUUCUUUUUAUCAGAAAGAUUUGAGAAAAUCACAAGCCACUUAGAGAUUCACUCACCAAAAGAUGAUCAUGAUGAUUUUCCAUAUGUAUAGUGGCACAUUAAUAAAUGUAUAAUAAUAUUAUUAUCUCAUCUUGAUGAUCACUUUUGUAGUAUAAUAUAUAUAUAUCGA